CCGCGAAUUUUCCCUACACCUCGUUCAAGCUCCAUGUCAUCUCCCGGCUGAAAUCUAUCCGUUAUGGCAAACGCUGCUUCAUUAUCGUACCACGAGCCCGGAAUCGUCAUGAUCCUCACCGAAUCCUCCUUCAUCCUCCUCCUUAACAUCGUCAACUUCGUCCUCGACCGGAGUUUUUACUGUGGUCUACUCGGUCAGGUAUUCCUAGGCGUUGCAUGGGGAACACCUGGUGCGAAAUGGCUCGGGACCGAAGCGGAGGAGGUUAUUGUGCAGCUGGGAUAUCUCGGGUUGUUGCUCUUGGUAUAUGAAGGUGGGCUCUCAACCUCUUUCCAAGCCCUGAAAGCGAACCUCCUCCUCUCCUUCUGUGUCGCCAUCACGGGAAUCGGUCUCCCCAUGGGUAUAUCCUUCGUCCUACAAAAGCUCACCGGCGCAACUCCUCUUCAAUCCUUCGCGGCGGGUGCGGCGCUAUGUUCGACAAGCCUGGGCACGACGUUCACGGUACUCAGCUCGAGCGGUCUGACGAAAUCGAGACUUGGGGUAGUGCUUACGAGUGCGGCGAUGAUGGAUGAUGUCGUGGGCCUUGUCAUGGUACAGAUCAUUUCGAACUUGGGCGGCGCAUCCGGUGCGAGUAUCAGUGCUGUGACUGUUGUUAGGCCGUUGCUGGUCUCGCUCGCGUUUGCUUUCUGCGCUCCGUUAGUAUGUGUGUUCGUUGCGAAGCCGGUUACGGUAUGGUUGAAUGGAUAUCGCACGAGAUACCCACAGGGAUUUGUCAAUCGGGUCCUCGUGAAGAGUAGCGUUGUGUGGGUCGUUCAUACGUUGAUUCUGAUCGGAUGUAUUGCCGCGACGGCAUAUGCCGGUACGUCCAAUCUCUUCGCGGCGUACAUUGCUGGUGCUGCGAUCAGUUGGUGGGAUGCCGACGUGCCUCAUCCAGUAUUCAAAGUGGUCACCCCGGAUACGACAUCGACCUCCUCUACGGUGCGGAAAGCAAGUGACGGCAUGGAUCGCAUCGCACAACCGUCAGCACAAGUCGUAAACUCACCGGCACAGACUGCAGAACUAUCGAUUAAGGAACCGAGUAACGACGCGGCACCUCCGUCUUCGUCAAAUCGUGAAGCAUCUCCCGGACCAUCCUUUUCUGGGAGCUACAUCUACGAACACUACUACCAACAACCCCUCGAGAAACUCUUACGCCCCUUCUUCUUCGCGUCUAUCGGAUUCUCGAUACCCAUCACUGAGAUGUUCCGUGGCUCGAUUGUCUGGAAGGGCGUUGUCUACGCGGUCCUCAUGGGCAUCGCGAAGAUGGUGUGCGGGCUUUGGCUUGCUCGCGUGUCGCUACCCCGCAUGCCGACGGAAGUCAUGUUAAGGUGUGCUAAGCUGAAGAGGACGUUAUGUAUCGGCGAAUCGCGGCAGACAAUUACACCCGCCGAUACAGCCACUUCUGGUGAAUCGAGCCAAUCACCAUCUCGUUCAUCUCCAAAGGCCCGGACGACGACGCAAACUGCUCACACCGAGUCUCCGGGCAAGAAACCCCGUUCGCUCUACCCCGCCUCAAUCCUCGGCUGCGCAAUGGUCGCCCGCGGCGAAAUCGGAUUCCUCAUCUCCUCGAUCGCCGAAUCCAAAGGCAUCUUCACCUCCUCUACCUCCAACACCGGGGAGAGUUCUGAUAUCUUCCUUGUCGUGACAUGGGCGAUCGUAUUGUGUACCAUUCUGGGACCUCUGGCAGUUGGGUUACUGGCGAGACGGGUGAAGAAGUUGGGGGAGGGGGUGGAGAGGGAGGGAAGGGUUGUACGCGGCGAUGUGCUUGGGGUUUGGGGGUUGUCUUGAGAAGUUGGAAACGCCACAAAGCCAUAGGUAUAGAGGACGAACGUACAACAAACCGUGACGGCUGCUCGGCUGCUGGCACCAACGGGCAAUGUGACGAAAAGGGUAUAUUAGUUUGCUUUCAGAACCACUC